AGUUGAAAUUGAAAAUGAAUAAACGAAUGAAUGCAUGAAGAGGUGGAAGACAGUGUGGUGUGAAAAAGGAAGGAAACAGCAACUUGGUUUUCAACCAAACAAGAACAGUAGUAAACAUAGAUGCAGAUGCUCUCAAGGGCUUCAUCUGCCAUGGCCACCUUCCCUCCCUCUAGGGUGAGAAGUGGGUUUUGUAUGUGGCCAAAUGCAAGACAACUUUGCUUUAGAAAAGGCAUUCUGUAUGGAUUCAUGAGGUUGUUUUCUACACCAUUGAAAACGCUUCGGGUAGCUAGUCGUUCGAUCCGAGUAGGACGAUUUUGCAGUGUUGCCAGCAUGUCUUCCUCCUUGCAGAUUGAAUUGAUACCAUGCUUGAGAGACAAUUAUGCCUAUCUUUUGCAUGAUGUGAACACGGGUACUGUUGGUGUCGUCGAUCCUUCUGAAGCUGUGCCUAUCAUUGAUGCAUUGAGCAGGAAAAAUAUAAAUUUGACAUACAUACUCAACACUCACCAUCAUUAUGAUCACACUGGUGGAAAUGAAGAGUUGAAAGCAAGAUAUGGAGCAAAGGUGAUUGGUUCAGGAAUUGACAAGGAAAGGAUUCCUGGCAUUGAUAUCUAUUUGAAUGAUGGCGAUAAGUGGAUGUUUGCUGGCCAUGAGGUGCAUGUUAUGGACACACCUGGUCACACUCGAGGCCACAUAAGCUUUUACUUUCCUGGAUCUAAGGCGAUAUUUACCGGAGACACUCUGUUCAGCUUAUCGUGUGGCAAGCUUUUUGAAGGAACUCCUGAACAGAUGCAAUCGUCUCUUACAAAGAUAAUGUCCUUGCCAGACGAAACAAGCAUCUACUGUGGACAUGAGUAUACAUUGAGUAAUUCAAAGUUUGCACUGUCCAUUGAGCCUGGAAACAAGGAGCUUCAAUCGUAUGCUGCGCACGUAGCUUCCCUUCGAAGCAAGGGCAUGCCGACGAUUCCAACAACACUGAAGACGGAAAAGGCCACAAAUCCAUUCCUUCGAACGUCCAGCGCAGAAAUCCGGCGAGUAUUAAAGAUUGCAGAUACGGCCGACGAUGCAGAAGCCCUGGGCGUCAUUCGGCAAGCAAAGGAUAAUUUUUAGGAAAUCUUUAUUUUAAUUUCAAAACCCUGAAGAUACUUAUUCUGUAUAGGGUGAUAGGUUUAAUGAAUCCACUUGGGUCAUAAUAAUCUAAGCUUGAUGCUGUAUUCUCAACAUGAUUUUUGAGUUUAAAUUGUGAGUCAUUGUAAGGAAUUAGAUUAAGUAGUGUUGGCAUGAGGGUACAUGGAACUAAGGAAGUUGGAAGAGUAGCAUUUACACUCCCUCAUGCUAGCAUUGUUGGUUGGUGCUUGAAAAAGUUUCCUUGUAAAGUUAUCACUCCAUAUUUUCCAAUAAAAAAUCAACUCUUAAAAAUCA